GAUUUGUCCACUCCACACACAAUGAAGUUCACCAUCGUUUUCCUGCUGCUGGCCUGCGUGUUUGCCAUGGCUGUGGCCACUCCCGGCAAGCCACGCCCCUACAGCCCACGCCCCACCUCCCAUCCCCGCCCCAUUCGAGUGAGGCGCGAGGCACUGGCCAUCGAGGAUCACCUGGCACCAGCCGCCUUCCGGCCACCACCCACUCUGCCCGCCUAAAGAUGUGGAUCCCGCGAAGAAUUCUUAAAUGAUCAUCCGAUCAAAUUUCUUUUGAAUUGUUUUUCUUUAAAAAUUGUUGUGAAUUUUUACUUUUGGCAAGCAGUAUAUAAUAAACACAUGAAAGACAGCAA